AUUUGCGUGUGUUUCCUGAACGCUAUGUUGUGUGUGUGAGCUGUCCAGAGGAUGCCUCAGCGCUCCAUGGAAACCCGAGCCUGGCUGCGACUGAGCUGAGUGAACAAAGCAGAUCGGAAUAUUUUUCCAGAGUGGGAGAAACCCAAGAACCUUCAAACAGCCCCACAAAAACAAAGAAGACUGCGCUUCAAAAGAUAGCCAAACAAGCUGGUGUCCAGCGAGAGCUCUGUGGUUCCAGUAUGGGGGAGCAGCAGAUUGACCAGAGAGCCUGUCCCAAAACCCAAAGAGGGGAACUUAAAGCUGGAGAGUCAGAAUCAAGCCCAAAAGAGUCCAGCUCCGGACAGAAGGCCAUCCCAGUGGCAUACCACAAGGUGCCUUGCCCCAUUUCCUUAAAUGAGGCCAUGGCUCUGAUUGUGACUACUCAAAAGCAGGAUCUGACCCAGGCGCAGCAAACUGAGCAUAGUCCUCCAGACAGCAUCAACCCAAAUGGGGCCUCAGUAGUUUUCUGCCAAAAUGAAACCAGUCAGGAGACAAGCAAGAGGUGCAAGCCGAGCGAUGCGGGGGAAGACCCUCACCCACAGAGGGCCAAGAGGACGUGCCUUGGAAGACCUCCAGCCACAAUGCAAACUCCCUCCACCACGUGCUCCACACAAACAUCCAAGCAUGAACUUCUUCCUCUGCCACCCCUUCCUCCAGUGGUAGCCAAGGCAGAGUCCGAGGCUUUCCCAGUCUCCGAGUGCAAGAAAACCACACUGGAAGUAGAGCUGCUUACUCUAGGGAAACGGGCCCAGAGGCUCCCCCUCGCAAGCAAUAACACGGCACAGACAAACCAAAACAGGCUGGCCGCAAGUCUGAGGGGCCUAUCUGUCAAGCCUGCAUCCUCAGGCUCCUCUAUUAGUUCCAGAUCCACACUCGGAGAGGAGGGGAGUGAAAAUGUGCCCAGAACCUCUAGAUUACGACGACUGAAGAGGUCCUGAGGGGGAGAGACAAGCUACAGUAAAGAUGCCUGACGCCACAGAGAUAGAGAUGAUAUUGUGUCAGGCUGGAUGUUUACCCCAUGCAGUCUCCUCAGAUGACAUGCAUUUGUACACGCGUCACAUUUUACUACAAUAUGCAUGUUUCACAUGUGCCGUGAAUAGUGCAGCAGACACACACACACACACACGCACGCACACACGCACACACCUCUCAAAUGCUGAACAUAUUAUGGCAAUUGAUACAUGAGCGUUUGAGUUACGCUUUGUCAAAUACUUGAAACAGACUUUGCCUCCACCCAUAAGAAGUGGUGGUCAAGAAAGGCUCGCAAAUGAAAGUCAAAAACCUUUAAUUGGAGUUUAGAUUUGGUUUUGUGUUAAAGAUUGGGGAUUUCAGACAGGCAGGAGCCAUGCAGUACGUCAUGGCUUUCAGUCGGAAAUACUGGCUCCUACGUGUCUGAAAACUGUCCAGUUUCCCCGCUGAAGCUCUGGCGUGAUUGAUUGCCGUUUCCAGAUUUAUUUCAUCACCCCAUUCUCAAAAAUGUAUUUUUCUAGCUAGUUUACAUUCAUAUACAAUUUGCUCUCUACUUGGUUGCUAAGCACCUGAAAUGUAUCUUUAAAUUUGAGGGUAUUAUUAUGCAGCGUUUAUAUUGAACUUGAACCAAAUAUGUGUGAAUGUGAGUAAUAUUGAAAUAUUAGUGGUUUUAUUUGGGAAUAGCAGGACGUCUACAGUACCACAGGUUAAAACAUAGAUGCUGUCGUCGCUCCAACACUCGUCAGGGCUGUUAUAAUCAAUCAGUUUGCCCUGUGCAGAGAGAGCAUGGGGCAACUAGGGGCCAAAAGCCACUCAUACUCCGAUGUUCCACUUGAUGACAUAAUGCUGCCUGAAUAAAUUACUCCUGAUUUUUAAUUUUACUGGAAAAGCAUUUUAUUCUGUAAAUAAAUGUGUUUAUCUCUCUGAA